AUGCAUCUCCUCGGCCCCUCACUCCUGCUCCUUGAAUACUUGGCCUUCUCUGACUCAUCUAAAUGGAGGUUUGAGCACCCCCACACUCUCUACAGCUGGGAUGGGGCCUGCGUCUGGAUUCCCUGUCACUACGCAAUUCCAGGGCGUAAGGAUGAUCUGGAAAACCUGACCUUGUACAGCAACUAUGAAUAUGAUGACACCACCAAGAACUUCAACGGGCACAUUCUCUAUGAGAAAACAAAGCCUUGGGGGAAUCCUCAUACCCCGGAGAGGGUUCAGUUCCCGGGAGACCAAAGAUCCAACUGCACCAUACGCAUCAACCCUGUGCUUGAACAAGACAAUGGCUGGCUGGGGCUGAGGUUGAUAACGAAGACUGACAAAUGGAUGGAGAAAAUAGACCUCAACGUCUCUAAGACGCCCCUGUCACCUCACAUUCAGCUCCCUCCAGAAAUCCAGGAGUCCCAGGAAGUCACUCUGACUUGCUUGCUGAAUUUCUCCUGCCCUGGGUACCAGAUCCAGCUGCAGUGGUCCCUGGAGGAGCCUGCCGUCACCUCGACCUCCCUGACCACCAAGACUGUCUUCACCCAGAGCAAGCUCACCUUCCAGCCACAGUGGACGCACCACGGCAAGAAUCUGACCUGCCAACUCUGGGGCCCCAAAGCAAAGCAGAUCCUCUCUGAGGAAACGGUGUUGCUGGAUGUAAAGCAUGUCCCAAAGUUGAAGAUUGAGGUCAAUCCCGAAGGAGCCAAUGUAACAGAGGGAGAGUCUGUGACCAUGACCUGCCAGGUCAUCAGCAGCAACCCAGAGUUCCGGAGUAUAGCCUGGCUCAAGGAUGGGACCCGGCUGAGGGAGCAGGAGACACCCACGUUAACUCUGUCCUCUGUGACCAAGAAGAUGAGUGGAGAGUACCAGUGUGAGGCCUUCAAUGAUCUAGGCUCAGGACAGUCGGAUGAAGUGUUCCUCCAAGUGUACUAUGCUCCGGAACCUUCCAGGGUUGAGAUCCUCUCCUCGCCAGCGAAGGAGGGAAAUAAAGUAGAGAUGACUUGUAUGUCACUGGCCAAUCCUCCUCCAACCAAUUACACCUGGUAUCACAAUGAGAUAGAAGUGCCAGGAAGGACAAGCAAGACCUUCCAGAUCCCAAUGGUCCUCCUCAGCCAUGCUGGGCAGUAUUCCUGCUUGGCAGAAAACAGACUUGGUCCUGGACAAAUUGGCCAGGAGACUGAGUUAGAUGUCCAGUAUGCCCCCAAGGAGGUAACCAUGGUGAUUCAAAACCCCACGCGGAUUCAAGAAGGAGACACUGUGACCCUGUCCUGUAACUACAGUUCCAGUAAUCCCAGAGUUACCCGAUAUGAAUGGAACCUCCAAGGCUCCUGGAAGGAACAAUCACCCGGGGUGCUGAUAAUUCAAAAAGUUGCCUGGGACGCCAGGCCAAUCGCCUGUGCAGCCUGUAACCAGUGGUGUUCAUGGGCCCCCUCUGUCAACCUGGAUGUUCAGCAUGCCCCCAAGGAUGUCAGGGUCCAGCAGAUCAGCCCCCCUUCUGAGAUUCACUCCGGGCACCGAGUCCUCCUUGGAUGUAACUUCUCAAGUAGCCGCCCCAGAGAUGUCCGCUUCUUCUGGAAGAAAAAUGGAAUCUUUCUGAAGGAAGGAAAAGAACUGAGCUUUGACUCCAUCUCUCCAGAAGAUGCCGGCAAUUACAACUGCCUCAUCAACAACUCUGUAGGACAGACCAUGUCUGAGGCCAGGAGGCUCCAAGUGCUGUAUGCACCAAGGAUGCUGCGUGUGGCCAUCAGCCCAAAGGACCAAGUGGUGGAGGGGAAGAAGGCAGUCCUGACAUGUGAGAGCGAUGCCAACCCUCCCAUCUUCCAGUACACCUGGUUUGACUGGAAUAACCAAAACCUCCACCAUUAUGAUCAGAUGCUGAGAUUGGAUCCCGUGAAGAUCCAGCACUCAGGCGCCUAUUGGUGCGAGGCGACCAACCAGCUCGGCAGGGUCCAGUCGCCCCCCAGCACCCUCACUGUCUACUACAGCCCGGAGACCAUCGGCAGGCGAGUGGCUGUGGGAGUGGGGUUCUGCCUGGCCACCCUACUCCUGGCGUUCUGGGGAGUCAAACUUCAGCGAAGCUGGAAGAGGAUACGGAGCCAGCAGGGGCUCCAGGAAAGUUCCAGUGGGCAGAGCUUCUUUGUGAGGAAGCAGAAGGUUAGAAGGGCCCCGCUCUCCGAAUACCCCCACUCCCUGGGGUGCUACAAUCCGGUGAUGGAAGAGGCCAUCAGUUACGCCACCUUGCGCUUUCCUUUCAGCGAGACUGACACACCAAGAACUGGAGAUGCAGGGACCCUGGAGACAGAGGGACCUUCUCCAAACAGGGAUGACACCGUCACUUACUCUGUCUUGCAGAUGUGUCAAGCGGGCGACUAUGAGAACGUGCUUCCAGACAGUCCGGAAGACGAGGGGAUACAUUACUCAGAGCUGGUUCAUCUUGGGUUGGGGAAGCGGCCUCUGGCCCAGGAAGCCGUGGAAUACGUGACCCUCAAGCACUGACAGGCCAAACCCCCUGGAGCAGAGGCGCCGAGGGAGGGA